UGAGCGGAGGGAAGGGGGGGAAGGGCCGGUGGAAGGUGAGCGCGGGCCAGUUAGUGGCACGUGCUGGCGGCAGUGGUUGCGGCAGGGCUGGAUGGGUUUGCAAGGCUGCUUCACGGCGGUCAGAGCCGCUUCAGGUCGCUGGCUUCGGCAGCGUCCACUCUGCAGGGCAUGGGGGCUGCAGGGCAGCCCCGGGAGGAGCUACGCCGGCGGCCUCCCCCAGAGCCCUCCAACCUUUGGGUUCCUCUUUGACAUUGACGGGGUGCUUGUUCGUGGUCACAGAGUGAUCCCUGCUGCCUUGGAAGCUGCCCGAAAGCUGGUUGACUCGAAUGGGCAACUCCGAAUGCCAGUUGUCUUUGUCACUAAUGCCGGAAAUUGUGCACCACAUGUGAAAGCUCAGGAACUGUCUCACUUCCUGGGUCUACAGGUUGAUCCAGAACAAGUAAUACUUUCCAGUAGCCCCUUGAAGUUCUUCUCGAAGUUCCAUAAAAAACGAAUGCUGGUAUCGGGGCAGGGGCCUGUGGUGGACCAUGCCCGGAACUUGGGUUUCCACAACGUGGUUACCAUUGAUGAGUUGAGACAAGCAUUUCCUAUACUUGAUAUGGUUGAUCUUGAACGACGGCCAAAGGCUAUGCCUCCCUUGACAACUGACUUCCCCCCUAUAGAAGGGGUACUCCUCCUUGGAGAGCCAGUCCGCUGGGAGACAAGUCUCCAACUUAUCAUAGAUGUCCUUCUCAGCAAUGGGAACCCUGGUACAGGACUGGCAGUAGCUCCCUACCCUCAUCUUCCUGUCCUGACCAGCAAUAUGGAUCUCCUUUGGAUGGCCGAAGCCAAGAUGCCCAGGUUUGGCCACGGCACCUUUCUUCUCUGUCUGGAGAGUGUCUAUCGAAAGAUAACAGGCAAGGAAUUGAAAUAUGAAGUCCUGGUGGGCAAACCCACCAUCACUACCUACCAAUAUGCAGAGUCUCUGAUCAGGAAGCAGGCAGAGAGACGGGGCUGGGGUGCCCCCAUCCACAGACUCUACGCUAUUGGUGACAAUCCAGUGACUGAUGUAUAUGGUGCCAAUCUGUACAACUGCUACCUGAAGAAGAAUGGGAAGGGUGAAGUACAGGAAUGCUAUGAAGUGAUCGAGGAAAAGCAGGGACCACCAAUGGCAGAGAGAUGCUUGUCCGUCCUAGUACGUAGUGGAGUAUAUGAUCCUUCCCUGAGACAAACAGAGACCACAUUCCAUGGGCACCGGGACUUCAUCUUUGACCCCAGCCUGUUAGAAGCCUCAUAUGUGGUGGCUGAUGUACAUGAGGCAGUACAGCUGGUUUUCUGCAAGGAGGGCUGGGACCAAGUAUAGGAGCAAUGGCAGGUGGGAAGGAUAAGAGGUGUGUGUGGCUAAGGGGAGGGAAGAAAUAUGUUGAAGGAUUGGUGAAUACUGAUUGCUGGGGAGCCCGUGCAGAAUAACUAGCAUGCCAUAGGGAAUUCUCAGGGUCCACUUACCCAAACCCCUUCCAAUCUGACCCCACAGAAAGAAUGAUGAUAGUGACCACAGAGAGACUUUGCUUAUAGUCUUCUCAGGUAAAGGCCAUAGGAAGUAGGAUGGGCAGCACCCAGGGUGGGAAAGUCAGGAUCUCUGGCUCUGGUAUGAAGUCAUGACUGAUCCCUUCACCUCUGUGCCUCAUUUUCAUCACAAGUUAACUGGGACUAACUCUCUCUACCAUAGAAGGAAGUGAAGAGAAAAGUGAUGGUUUGUAAAUGACUUUUGCCCUUAUUGACGGAUUCUGCUGCAUAUGUCUAAUGUGUAACUAACAUAAUGUAGUGUAUUUUGAAUGGUGUCCAGAAGAACCUUGCACUGAUUUUUAAAAAUUAAUAAUACUGAAAUGAAAAUAAAUUUCCAUUAUACUAUCUAGUAA